AUGGCAAGCAACCAACAAACUCAAGAAAUCAGCCACAAAGCCAAUGAGGCUGCUACCCAAGCUCAGGAGAAGAGUGAAGGAGUUAUGGCCCAAGUCAGCAGUGCAGCAUCAGGAACUGCUCAACAAGCCACUCAGAUUCUUCAACAGACAGGGGAGCAAGUGAAGAGCCUUGCAACAGGAGCAGCUGAAACAGUAAAGAGCACUUUGGGAUUAAACAACACCAGUGAUGCAGCAGGCAGCAACCCUACUGCUGGCACCACGACCGACACCACCACCACCCCAAGCAAUACACCAAGCACCACCCCAGACAAUGCACCCAUCAGCAACGCGUCGCCUGCCAAUCCAAAGAAUUAA